AUGGCCCCAACCCUCACCAUCGCCCAAGAAUACCGCUACUACCGCACAGGCCUCGACCUAUGCCUCUUCAACAGCAAAACCGACUCCUCCUGCAACCAGGGAGCCCCCAAAGAGGCUGCCGCCGCAGAAGACGCCGAGCCGUGGUGGGGGUUCGCCGAGAAGGGCGCCGCGGGCGGCCUCCUCAUGCAGCGCGGGACGAUCGAGCAGAUCUGGCACUUUAAUUUCUUCGUCCUCGUUGAGCCGCGGAGCGAUAUGUACCAAGACCGCGCGGCGUUUCGGGUUGCGACGCUGAGGGAUGUGGAAACCUUCUGGACGGAGGAUCAGACGUUCGAUGAGACGGCGCGGAUGCCGCCGAGCGAGGGGGAGAUCGUGCGGGGAUUCUAG